GAAGGGAAUUAUUGGGAGGAGCUGCGGGAAGGCGUUUGUGGACGAAGAAAGUAGCGAUGUUCUCUCUCCCACCCCUCCCCCGGUGCUAAAAAGAGUAGUGGAAGGAAUUUGGGUGUACCCGGGAAAUAGCAUUAUCGGCGGGAUCUAGGCGGAUCUUUGGAAGGAGUCUGUCUUUUAAACCGCUCUGUAGUGCCCUUACUGGAACGGAGGUUUGUUUCUCCAGGAAAGCUAACUAGUAUUAGAAAGCACAGGGAGCGGUAGCUUCUGUUCCUUUCACAGCGAAGAACCGGAAAACGUUUCUUCCAAGAUUUGGAAUCACAGUAGAAAAAUAACUAAAUUUUGAAUUUUUCGACAUAUGGUAAACGCCAAGAGAAAUACAAACAGGUUAAAUGGAUUUUCGGUCUGGCCAACAAAAUCCAAUGUUAUGUAUACUAACUAAAAGCAUUAAUAUAUAUCCAUUAUGUGUGCACAAGAUAGAGAUCUUAGCAGGACCGUUAUUUUGUUCUUGGAACCCAUCCUUGCAUCUCCAGAGUUAUUCUUUGCAUGUUUGGGAAUCAUUAUUUUAGCUUGAGUAUUAUUUUUGUAUUUCUAACAUCAGUGGUUCAUGUCCCACUGGAUGUUAUUGGAUCUGAAGUGGUUGUUACUAAACCAGAUAUUUAUUUUGUGAUGCACUCUCAGAUAUACUGGUAGUACUACUAGGUUUAACAGUGGUUUUAGUCCCAGGGCUAACAUUCUUCUUUUCACGCCAAUCCCAGUAUUGUAAGCAAAAUAUGUCAUGAUCUUGUUAAGCAGAUUUUCUUUAAAUUAGCAUGAGAAAUAAUAAUUUUCAAUGGCAGAAUUCUAAAAUGCUAUCUGAACAUAAAAUUAGUAAACAAAUGCAAAACAUCAGCUUAAGAACCUUUAAACUUGAGGGCUAUCUAUUAUGGAUGCCUACUGCUUGUAAAGAGAAUUAUCCCAUCUCCUUUCUGAGGUGAAGUAGAUUCAGUCUUCUAAUACAUAUAUGUUGAAAGGAAAAAAUGACCAGUGAAAGAUUGAAGAGGCCCAUCUUCUUUCAUCUCCCUUACCUGUAUAUACCAAAUGUUUGUGAUGACCUAUAAACAAUUGCUGAGGAGUAUAAAUGGGAUGUGCUGUUGCAUUUGUUGACAUCUGGCUCACAGGUUGGAAAAAAACUUCCAAUUCUAAAUAUAUUUCUUGAUAGAUCAGAAAAUUGGGGACCUGAUUUCACUGUUCUUUAUCUGCAUUGAAAAUUCCCUAAAGGGCUCCAUUGCUACCAAGUUAUAUAUAAAAGGUGUAUGGCCUGGCAAAGAUAGAUAAUGAACCUCAUAUCAGGAAUUUUACGCAUAUAGGAGAUCCAAUCUUAUAUUUAUGGUGUAAUGAAUAUACCAUUGCACCAAAACUCUGUAAUUCCAGCCCAAGAUGUUACUUUUUCCAGAGUUUCUAAGAAGAAAGACAAGAGGAAAGAACAGCAUUCUAAUUCAACCUCUUUUCCUGCUCUUUGUGGCUUUUCUCAGGCAUCUGCUAUACCAACCAAUCAGGACAUUUGCAGUUCCAGUGCAGUGUGUUCUGAAUGUUGUCAUCCCAGUCCAGUGCAAUCUGCUGUUAUCUUGAAAAAUCUUGUCUGCCAGAAUGCUCUGACUCCAGGGGCCACUGUGACAGUAACCUGUCAGAAUACGGUGCAGAUUUCCAAGGCCAACUCCCAUGGGCAUGAACUUGUCUAUGCUCUCAGGUCUAAGAAUGAAAAAUCCAGCCAUGCUCUGAAAUUCUCCAAGUCUCUCAGUGAUAUGGAUCAGAAGGCUCAGAGUACAAUUGACAGAUUUAGCUACGCGGAACGAACAUGUUCAGAAGGCAGACUUACCCAAAUGCAAGAGCAGUGUUUAAGACUUAACGUAUGUCCUAAGGAGAAGAAAUCAUUCAGCUUCAGGCCCUUCACUGUUAGCAAUUCCAGACUUUCAUAUUUCUGGUCACUCUCGACUAAUUACUCAAGCACUUCUCUGGCCACUGAUACUCAUAGUGCUGUACGUAUUCCUCUCCUGGAGGAUAAGUAUGGCAAUGAAAUCUCCCAGAGUAAAGAUUUGUUGCAGUACCUUUUCUCCUUCUCUCACAGUUCCAGGUCAAGCAGUCAUGAACUGGAUAACAAGUCAACCUGUCUCCGGCCAGAGAAAUCAUCCAGUGGUAUGGCAGAGAGCACAGGUUUUUGUUCAGAUGACAUGGGAGAUGAUGAUGUCUUUGAGGACAAUUCUGUGAGGCUGAAAAUUACAGCACUGCGGGCACCACUCUGCUCAGCUGAAAAGGAUAGUGAUCUAGACUGCCCUUCCCAAUUGUCAGAAAAUUUCCCUCCACUUUCCCCUGUGUCUAUAUCUGGAGAUGUCUGCAGGAUAUGCCAUUGUGAAGGAGAUGAUGAGAGCCCAUUAAUUACUCCCUGUCAUUGCACAGGAAGCCUUAAUUUUGUCCAUCAAGCUUGUCUGCAGCAGUGGAUCAAGAGCUCAGACGCCCGUUGCUGUGAACUCUGCAAAUAUGAAUUCAUCAUGGAGACGAAAUUGAAACCUUUAAGAAAAUGGGAGAAGCUGCAGAUGACAGGCAGUGAGCAAAGAAAGAUCAUGUGCUCUGUAACUUUCCAUAUCAUUGCUAUCACUUGUGUGGUGUGGUCACUGUAUGUCCUCAUAGACCGGACUGCUGAAGAAAUUAAACAUGGGGAACCCACGGGUAUUCUAGAAUGGCCAUUUUGGACUAAACUAGUAGUUGUAGCUAUUGGUUUCACCGGUGGAAUUCUUUUCAUGUAUGUUCAAUGCAAAGUUUAUGUACAGCUGUGGAAAAGACUUAAAGCUUAUAAUCGUGUGAUAUAUGUACAGAACUACCCAGAUAAAAGCAAAAAGAGCAGAUUAGAAAAACCAGAUACCGAAUAUUCAAGUAUCCUUAGAAGCCAUCAUACAGAGACUACCAGCUCAAAUUGCACAGAAACUGAAAAUGUGAAUGUUAACAUUCUUCAUAUUUGACAUGUUUUUUUUUGAAGAUUUGGAUCGGCAUUAUUUACUAUUUUCAGAUAUUUAAUCUCAGUUAAAACUGAGUUGGUAGAAAUAUUCUUCUUUACCAGAACAUCAAAUUGGAAGAUAAAUUGAAGAAAGUCUGCUUGAAUGAUAUAUAAAUGAAAUUGAACAUUAUUUUCUCCAUUUUUAAUUAAUUUCAGUUUUGGAGUCUUUUUUUCAUCAAUCGCUCUUAAAUAUGUUUUGGUUAUGUUAAGAAUUAAAGUGUCUUUACUAUAUGAAACUACUAAAUGAGACACAAAGGCAGAAAAAACAUACAUGUUUUUACAUAAACAUACUAUUAUAUAUACCUCUCUAGUGUACAAGAUCCUGUUUACAAUUCUUCAUGUUGUAAAUAGUAUGUAGUUCUAGUAUUGCUCUAAAGAAUUUGCUCAAUUGUAUCUGAACUGUAUUACACUCAGGGUAGGGGAUAUCAAAGCAUGAAGCACUUUUAAUUGUUUUAUAUAACAAAUUUGAAACAAUCUCAGUUCAGUGUAUUCCUUUGAAUUACUGAAACCACAUUAAUUUGCAGGCCUGACCAUUUGCCUUAAAACAAGGUUUGUAGUAAAAUGUUCCUCAAAUGUUUUUAAAGUCUAAUAAUAAAUAUUUUCUUGACAUUUUGUUUGUUUGCCCUUUUCAAAAAAUACUGCAUAUGUUGAUUGCACAAACACAAAAUAAUGACAUUAUAAAUAGAUUAAAUAUCAGUAUCCUCUGUGAUACUAGAAUAAGCCAAUUGAUCUGAUUUUAAUAAAAAAGAAUUUUAGUGCUGCA